AGCGGCAAUUGUGAAAUAGAGAACUAGGAUUCUCCAUGUUAUUGAAAUAGCGAGUGUUUGUUUAAACAUUUUUUGACGUUUAGUGUUAACGUUAGCUAUUUGUAUUGAAAAAUAUAAAAGUUGUAUUUAUUAGUGUAAGGCUUUAGAGACUAGAGCUUUUGUAGCCUCAUAACACAUCAACAAAAAUGAAAAUCCAGAUCAUUUCUUCUAGUUCUACUAAUUCUAGUAGUAACGCCAAGCCCAAGGCAACACUGGUUUAAAUUAGGUGGGGUGAGAGCCACGUAAACAUAAGAAAACAAAAUGGAUGCAGAUGACUUCUUAUCUGGGAGUCUACUUGGACAUACUAAAGCUCAUAAUGAUCGUCUUAAGGCUUGGGAUGAAGGGAUCACAGAGCUUGAGAAAUUAUUGGAGGCAGCUAGAAAACACCAAUCUGAUCAACCACUGAAAACAGAAGUAACAUUAGGAUCUCUUUCUUUAUCAAUUUCACCGGCAUCAACGGGUGUAACAUCAUCUUAUAGUAAACAUACCAAAGACUUAGUGAAGGAAAAGAGUACAAUUCAAAGCAAAGAUCCAUCUUUUAGUAAAAUAAAAUCAGUUGAUGUAUCAGAAACUUCAACAAAGAAAAUAAAGUUAUCUUCAGAUGAAACUAGCACAAAGGAAGUCAUUUCAUCUGCAAGUGCAGAAAACAACGGUACAGAGAAAACUGAAAAUUGCCAAAAUGAGAAAAAUAAGUUAGCAGUGGAAAGUUGUGAUAAUAACACCAGUGAAUCUGACACUGAAAGCACUGCCAGUAGUAGUACUCAUUCUUCUGAGGAUAAAAACAUUGAAAACACUGAUCAAAGUUUGGAUAGUGACUCUGAUUACAAUGAAGUUGAACACAGAAAGAAAAAAGUCACAGAAAAAAAGAAAAAAAAGAAUCCUUUCCAAAGAAGGGAAAUCAGGAGUAUUAUGUCUGAAAGUGAGCUGGAUGCUAAGACAAUACAGGCCCAGAAAGAAGAGCAAGAAAGAAAGAAGUUUCUUCAAGAAGCUCAGCUUCGGGUUCUCCAAGAGAGACGGUUACUUUUAAAGAGAUUAGAAGAGAACCCAGAACUACAGUUAACAUGUAUUCAGCCACCUUCAACAGUUUCUGUUCAUCCACAGCAAAUUACAGAACAACAAGCUAAUGGUACAGCUGACUGUACAGGAAAUGAUUCUAUACCUGUAAAGAAAAAGUCAUUGGACAAAGACAUCAUUCUAAUUGGAAGUAGUGAUGAAGAAGGUGAUAACAAUUUUGAAGACCAAUCCCAGAAAUUUAACGUGACUUUGGAGACUUCACAAAAAACUAAAGAUGUCAUAAAUGUAGCACUAGAAAAUAAUGAUGAAGGGAAGACUAAGGAGAAAUCCAUUGAAGAGGAUGAUGUAGUUAUGGUGAGUGAUGAAGAUGAAGAUAGCACUUUAGAUGAUGAUCAUGCCAGCAGUGGAACCCACACCAAUGAUGCCUUGAAUCAACCAAAUGAAGAUGGAUUUGUUCUAGUGAAUAUUGGACAUCCACCAGAAGAGCUAGACAUUUUUCUAGCUCCUCAGCUUGGUAGAUCUGUGAAACCACAUCAGAUUGGUGGAAUACGGUUUCUAUAUGACAAUGUUGUAGAAAGCUUGGAAAGAUUCAAGACAUCUGGUGGUUUUGGGUGCAUUCUUGCUCACAGUAUGGGCUUGGGAAAAACUCUUCAGAUAAUUUCGUUCACGGAAGUUUUUCUUCGGCAUACAUCAGCUCGUAAUGUGCUGUGUAUUGUUCCUAUUAACACCUUGCAGAACUGGAUGGCAGAAUUUAACAUGUGGCUUCCACAUGAAAAAUAUUUUCAGUCUCCUGUUCCUCCAGAACAAUUCAGAAAAAGAAAUUUUGAUGUGUUUCUUUUGAAUGAAAAUCAUAAGACCCUAACUUCAAGAGCUGAACUGAUAAUGGAGUGGAAAGAAAAAGGAGGUGUGCUGCUUAUGGGAUACGAAAUGUUUCGAAUGUUUGCUUUGAAAAAGAUUCCAUUCAGUAAGAAGAAAAGGGAUGCAAAAAAAGAACUUGAUUAUAAAGAGCUGGAGAGGAAUAGGAAUCUUUUGGAAGAAAUUUAUCUAGCCAUUAUCAAUCCAGGACCAGAUCUAGUAAUAUGUGAUGAAGGACACAGAAUAAAAAACAGCCAUGCAAGCACUUCUACAGCAUUAAAAAGCAUACGCACCAAACGAAGAGUGGUAUUGACAGGAUAUCCAUUACAAAACAACCUUUUGGAGUACUGGUGUAUGGUUGAUUUUGUACGACCCAACUACCUGGGCAAUCGCAAUGAGUUCUGCAAUAUGUUUGAACGUCCUAUUCAGAAUGGCCAGUGCCUAGACAGCACUCCAAAAGACAGAAAACAGAUGAGGUAUCGAGCACAUGUUCUUCACAGUUUGUUGGAAGGUUUUGUGCAGAGGCGGGGACAUACUGUCCUGAAGUCCAGCUUACCACCCAAGGAGGAACAUGUGUUAUUAGUUCGAAUGACACCUAUACAAAGAAAAUUGUACAAUGCACUCUUAAGAUACCUUAGAUUUGGAAACAAUGUUUGCAACCCACUAAAAUUUUUUGCUAUUUGUUGCAAGAUAUGGAAUCACCCAGAUGUUUUGUACAAAGUUUUAGAAGACCAAAGGAAUCAGGGAAAUGAAGAUUUAGAUCUAGAUUUUGAUUUUGGACUACCUGGAUCAAAAAAAGGCACCAAACCAGGAGCAGCAAGCAUGACAACUUCUGCCAAAGCAAUGGUAGGCAAAGGUCCUUUAGUAGGAAGUGAAAUGAUUCAGGCACCCAGAAAUAACUACAUCCAAGAAGUUAGCUUAGGUUCAUUAAAAGACAAAAAUGACAAGAUUACAUAUGAAUGGGUAUGUGAGGCUUCCCCACUGAUGGUUAAUUACAGACCAAGGAUUCUUGAGAACAGCUACAAAAUGGAAGUGUUAUUUGCCAUCAUAGAACAAACGAUUAAAAAUGGUGACAAGUUACUUGUGUUUAGCCAAAGUCUCUUUACUUUAAACCUCCUUGAAGAAUUCCUAGCUAUGAAAGAAGUUCCUUUACGACCAGCUGAAGAAAAGUGGUGUCGGAAUGUUAACUAUUUUCGGCUAGAUGGAAGUACUAAUGGUCUGGAUCGAGAAAAAAUAAUCAAUGAUUUCAACAUCAAUCCUGCUGUAAACUUGUUUCUUCUCUCCACAAGAGCUGGUUGCUUAGGGAUAAAUCUCAUUGGUGCUAACCGGAUUGUUGUCUAUGAUGCCUCAUGGAAUCCUUGCCAUGAUGCACAGGCUGUUUGUCGAAUUUAUCGCUAUGGCCAAUCUAAAUCUUGCCACAUCUACAGACUAGUAACUGACAAUAGCUUAGAAAAGAAAAUUUAUGAAAGACAAGUUAAUAAACAAGGGAUGUCUAAUCGUGUUGUGGAUGAACUAAACCCAAGUACCAACUUUACAUGGGGUCAAGUUACCAACCUGCUGAACUAUCAAGAAGAAGAAAACCCUGUUCCAGACCUUUCAGAGUCAGCAGCUAAAGUUACAGACCCAGUACUUCGUUACUUGUGUCAAAAUAUGAAUUACUGCCUGAGUAAGGAACCAUUUGAACACGAAUCUUUAUUGAUUGAUCGGAAAGAGCUCAAGCUUACAAAGCAGGAAAAACGUUUAGCCAAGCAGACGUAUGAACUGGAGAAAAGAGCUAACAUGUGUUCAGGUGGUUUUAUGAGACCAGUUUAUUUAAAUAAUGGACAGUUUUCUGCAAAUCCUCUUGGCAGGCCUCCACUCUAUGGCUCUCCUCGAGGCUAUCCUGGAGGUUUGUACUCUCGACCUCAGCAGUCCACUCCAGUUCCAAUGCAGCCUAUGGGUAAUAUGGCAGGAGGUCGCCAGUUAUCACCCUAUGUCAGUCUCAUUCAGUCUCUUAUCAGGCAGGGUGUAAAUGUCCAACGGGUUACAGUGCCAAAUACUGUCAGUAUCCCAUCUAGCUCAGUGCCAGGCCAAUCUGUAGUACUUACUGCUGGCCAGGAAGUUCUGGUGUUAAAAACCCCCAAAGGGGUUUACCUCCGUCUUCCCGAUGGACGUUUGGUGGCAGUAAGGCUUCCUCCAGAUGUAGCUGAAAAUUUUCGUCGUCAGGGUCAGUUUUUAAAUGGACUUUUUGGUGAUGGUGCAAACUCUGCUCUCCAACAAUCUCAUCCUGAUGGUACAAAAAGGCAAAGCCAACAUUCCUUUGGGAUUGUUCAACCAACCCUGCAAUGUGGAGGCACUGUACAGUUUUCAACAGCUCAGCUGAGGAAUCCUCUACAAUCAUCUCCUCCAGAGGUUAUUGAUCUUAGUGAUGAUGAUGAUGAUGAUGGGGCAAUGAAAAAAGAGAGAGAUGUUGUCUCCAAAAAGGUUGCUCCAGUUUCAAAUGAUGCAAGCUCAAGUUGUUCUGAAGCUAGUUUAGAGGAAGACUACCUUAAAAAAACUUCCAGCUCAAGUAACUGGACUACUCUGACAGCUGUAUCUCGUGGCAGCCCUACCUUCACAACAUCCAAAAGUUUUCCAGGGGUUCCACUUACUAAGUAUGUGUCCUCUUUGUCAGACCAACCAUACCCAGUCUCCACUUCUCCUAGCCUUCCAAACAAGAAUGUCUUCCAUCAGAUGGUUUCCAGUGGAUACUCUUCUCUGCCUAGAAAUUCUAACAGUCAGCUUGAUAGAGGAGGAAUGAGUAACACUUUCCAGAUAUUUCCUGGGUCACAGAGUCACAAAUUGUUAGGUGAAAGUCAAAUUAUUGAAAGAAAGAAGUCAUCUCAUACAGAACAAAAUAUCAAUAUUACGCCUGCUCAUCCCAGUCUAUCAAACAAUUCAAAUGUUGUUAAUAUUGGUGGCAUUCCUGGUGUAGAACAGCCUAAGUUAUUUCAAAAAAAUGGAGUUCAUAAGCAACUUCAACAGAUUUCCUCAGGAAGUGCUCAAGACAUUUUACGGAAUCAGUAUUCUAAUCCCUCAGAACUUCCCCUAUGUGGCCAGACUACUACUGUAGGACCAGUCUCUGGCAGUGGUUUUGAUAGACCAUAUUUGUCGCAGUUCAAUGCAGGUAGCCAAAACAGAACGACUGAAAUCUCCUUACCAGCCUACACAAAAGGUAGACCGAAAUGUUCAAGAAAUUUGCCUAACACAGCAAUUGAUUCAGGAGAAAGCACUCACAUUAGCCAGGAUAAUUUACAUUCAAACCUGGAAAAAGAGUUUAGAGAAUCACCUCUAGACCAAAAUAAUUACUUAGAUCAAAAUAAUACAGGGAAUUUUCAACUUCCUGGAUAUUUUACGCAGCAGUUGAACAUGACAACACAAAGGUCAUCUGGUCAAGGAGAUAUGCAUUAUCAGAAUAAUUACCAUGGUGCACAACAGUGUGGUUUUAACACAUAUCCUCAUGCUGUCCAGCAACUUAAUUCUAAUGUUGAAGUACCCAACAAGAAUACGGGAGUACAGAAUUUGUUCCAAAGACAAAAAUUGGAAAAACUAGAUUUGUUUUCCUCCUCUGUAUUACAGACACAACCACAAAAUACCCAAGAAAGCAACCAAUUACUGAGCUCUUCUGGACAAGGAACAUUAAACAGAAUGCAGGAAAAACCUCAAUCAGUUACCUUCCAAAGUAUACAGUUAGAUGAUAUCAAUAUGUCAUUUGAUGGCAAUGAAAUAACAAAAAACACAAUGCCUGAACACAGUUUCUCUCCAGUUGUUGGUGCUGGAACCAUGCAACAUCUUGAUCAGAUGCUUCCCUCUUUUGAUUGUAAAGAUCAAGAUCACUCAGUAACAGGAACCAGUCAAAACCAUGUGGGAGAAUCUUCACUUACGGUUGGGCAGAAGUACUUCUUAUCCACUUCUCACCAUCAGCCAGAUGGUGGGAAUACCAGUAGUAAUAGUACAUGUGUACCUGUUUCUUCAAGUUCAGCAUAUGAAAAUUUAUCUGCCUCAUCACAGUUGAUUGAUUCAGAUUUUUCAGACCUAGAAAAUUUUGGCCACUGGGAAAGAUCAGAAACCUUAAAUGAUAUGGAAGCACUUGCAGAAUCAAGCCAAAGGCAAUACCAAACUUGAACCUUUAGAGUUAUUUGAAUUUGUUUGAGUGUAUAUGUGGACAGUGUCAUUAAGUGUAUACAAAACAUAAAGUGAUCAGUGUAGGUGUAUAUAUGUUUUAUACAUUCAGGCAUGUGUAAUAGAAUUAUUAAUUACUCCACUGAUAAGAAUGAACAGAAAUAUAAGGACAUAUGGUGGGUGUACUCAGUUACUAUGUCAAGUAGAGUAUGUUCAUAAAAUAAUUAUUUUAAACAUACUUCAUAAAAAAUGAUUUUAACAAUGGAAAUUUUCGUGAACCAAACCCGUGAACAAUUUAUGAGAUAAAAAACAGUGCAAGUGCAAACUAUCAAUUAUCCAUUUUGUAAUGUAUAUUCAUCAAAACAGUUAUGUAAACUGUCGUUAUUUUAAUUUAAUAUUAGUGUUUUGUAUGUUUUUAAAUGAGCUUAGAUGAAAUUUAUCACAAAAUUGAAAAGAGGAACAUUUGCAACUGCAACUGUUGUUUUUAUGUAGUAAUUCAAUAACUGUCAUUUCAAGAAGGAAAGUAAUCAUUCUGAAUAUUCAUCUUUGUUACUUUUUUAACUGUGUAUUUAUAUAAUUAUGUAUACCUACAUCCCUGUUCACAAAGAACUAAAUAAAUCAAUGUUCUUGUUUAUGACUACUUUCAUUUUUCCUUCUAGUAUUUUGAGUUUAGAAAAUAAAUUGUGUUAAUUUGGGGUAACAGAAUAAACAAAAAUUAAUUUAUGUUUUCCACAAGUGUGAUGGGUAGUUAUGAGUUUAAUGUUUUUGGGUAAUCCUGUCCAUAUCUUCUUUAUUGAUUUUAGUUUUUAAAAUGGAGGUUUUGACCUCCAGUCACUAGUUUUUAAAAUAUUAAAAAUGCUUGUACAUGUUUAUAUGUACACAGAGAGAGAUUUUUCAAGUUUGUUUUGCAAGUUAUGUCGUCCAUUGUUAAGCAAGUUCAAUAUUUUGGACAGUAUGUGCUGUGUGUUCUCCACAAGAAGAUUGUCAACUUCUUGCCAUUAUUUUAUGGAUCUUGUUUAAAUGUGAAGAAAUUAAACAAUAGGGAAAAUCCAUAUAAAAGAAUAAAAUGUUGCAUAUCAAGAAUAAUCACUGACAAAUAUUCAGCAGCUCUUUGUUUCAUGUAUAAUGGGCAUUCCUUAUCCAUUUAGGUUAAAUACUGAUGAAUUAACAGUAAUUGUUUCAUAAAGUAUUUGUGAGUGGCCAAUUAUUUUCUCAUACAGCAUCAUAAGAUGCAUACAUUAUAUAUUUAAAAUUUAUUACAUUGAGAUGUAUUUGUUUUUGUUUUUUCCUGUGAUGAACAAUCUUUAAAUCUUCUUCACUAGUAAAUAUAAGAAAAAAAAAACAUAUUGGUUUUAUUUCCAGAGUUGUUGUUAAUUUUUAAUGUUAUGUUUUUCUUUUUUUGGGUGGUGGCCAGGUGUAGCCUGUUUGUUAGUUGCCACACUUUGAACUUUAGGAUUCAUGGUUUACAUUCUGUUACUGCAAAAUUGUGAUUUUGCAUUUUGGGGUCAUGAAUGCAUUACAAGUCCAAUGGAUAAAUCCCACUGUUUGAUUAGACUAGCCCAAGAGUUGGUGGUGGAUGCUAUUGACUAGUUGCCUCCCCUCCUUUCUGUCAGUUCAAAAUUAGAAAUGAUCAGCACAACUAUCUGUGGUGUAGCUUUAUGCAGAUAUCAAAAACAAACUUUUUUUUUUGUUUAAGAGUACUGGCUCUGGCAUACAUCUAUUUUAUGCAGGUUAGUUGAAAAAAUUUAAUGUCACAAAAUGUCUUCUAUACUAUUGUAGAUUUAAAAACUAGAAAGUGAUAGUUUUAUUCAUAUAUUUUAGACAUAGCCUACAGUUUGUGUGUAUAAGUAUAUCAUGCAGUGUAAAUGUAUAUAGUUCUGUGUAGACAAAGUACUAACUUCAAUCUUGUGUAAGUUUUUUUAUGUAAUUUACUGUUCAGCUGAUUUAUGAAAAUUAAAAUAUAUUCUUAAGAGUUGCAUUUUCUUUUUCAGUUCCAACAUUCUCACCUAAACCAAAUAGAAUAAUGUGUCUGGGUCACAAUAAGGUAGUAAGUAUGCUGGAUCACUACAAAGUAAUUCAAAAUCUAAUGAUCAUAGAAUCCAAAAUUUUCUAAACCCUUAAAAGAGCUUAUACUUUUGGGUCAUUGUUUAGCCACAUGACUAUAGGUAUUUUAAGUUAGCUAAGAACUCGCAUGGGAUGUCACGUUUUAAGAAAAGUGUGUGAAAUUAUUUACAGGGUGUCUCAGGGCUUUGUUACCAUGUCAUUAUGAAAUAUGUAAUACAUGCUUUUUACCUUUUAAAAGUGUUAUCCUUAUUCUUGUUUUACACUAAAAUAUUGAAAAGGAAGGAAACUCGUAAAGACCUCCAUGAUAUUGAUUAUGUAGCAUAGAUAUUACUUACUGUGUGAUCAGUCACCCAUAAAUACUGUAACAUAGCCCACAGACACCACAUAGAAUGAAGAUUUCAGCUAAAUGUUUGUGUAAGUUCAUUUUAAUGUGUCAUCUGUUUUGAAUUAUCUAAAACUCAUUUAAGUAAUUUAUUUAUAGAAAACUUUACUUUUGUUCACAGCAGUUUAGAAACUUGAGAAUGAAAGCUACAUCUAUGUGAAGAAAUAUUUGAUGUUUAGAAUAUUAUUUCUAAAUAAACAAUAUAAAAUAUUUCUUUGUACAACAUUGAUUUUGUGUAUUCCCCCCCCCCCUCAAAUAUUCAGUUUUUAAACAUCCUAGUUAUAAACUUUUCACACACAAACUUUUUAAUUUUUUAAGCUAGUGAUUUUUGGACUCUAUUUAACAUAACAAUAUUAACCUUUUCACUGCGGCUGGUAUGUAUAUUUCCCAGUGCACUGGGAGAUACACGUCCCAGCGGCAGUGAAUGGGUUAUGGUUGAAUAUAUUAUCGGUUAAGGUAUUAAUAGAAAAUUAUUUAUUAUCUUUAUCCUUGUCUGUGUUUAUAAAUGUGUUAAAAUCUAUUUAAUAGUGUCUGAAUCAGUGUGACAAAAUUUGAAUCAACUAAAUAUAUUUUUUUUAACAGCAUCAGAAUUAAUUAAUUCAAGAUAUUUAAUUUCUACAUAUUUGACAUUGUGCUGAAGAUUCUUUUAAUGUAAGCACUUAACUGCAAAGUGUAGUACUUCAAUUAGCAAAAAUAAUUGAUUUUGGUGUACUUACUGUAGUAGAUUGAAAACUUGAAAGGAAACCAGCAUACUUAUGAAUCAGAAUUGUCAAAAACCCUGGGACAGGUAUGAAAGUAGGCAAAUUAGAUAUUCUGUUGAAUAAAUUAGAAAUUAAUAUGAAAUCUUCUUUACCAUUUGCAUUUAAUACUCAUGCCAUUAGUUAAAAAUCAAGGGUUGUUGAUAUGCCCGUUGUUAUGCAGUGCUGUUAGUUUAUCAUUUUGCAAAUUAAUGUAAUAAGAAUGUCAAACAUAUAGAAUGCUCUUAAAUUGUACUGAGUAUGAAAUUCUUUUGGAAGAACAUCUAUUAUUGAUAACUUAAGUAGGAAGCAUGUAAGAGUGUGAUUAUCACAUUUUUGGUUGAUUGUCAUAUUUGACUUACGGAUAAUGCUUCACAUAUUUUGCAAAAAAUAUAUUAACUUGCAAGCAUUAAUUAUAGAAGGUGUUUUAUUACAGUUUUUCACUUGACUGUUAUAUAGCUAUAGAUGUAUGAUGACUCUAUGCUCAUUCUGUACAUUUUUAUCUGGAAAAUGCAUGAUUGUAAUUGAACUAUCAAGAAAUUCAGUAUUUGAUGAAUAGUUGUUUCUGUGAAACAUAGUUUCAUUAGCUCAUAUGUGGAAUUGUAUGUAUGAGCUUCUGAACAGUUAUGAAGUUUUUAAUUAAUAAAUAAUUCUUGAAAUGUGUUUUAGGAAGAAAGCAUGCAUUUCUGCCUUUCUUUGUGUAUAUAUCUAUAAUACACUUCUCUUUGGUUGUGUGCAAGUCAACCUUAAAAAUGAUAUGGAGUUGUUUUAUUUUUUGCAUGAUAUUUGAUUUUAUGAAAGUAUUAGGUAAAUUUUAAGUACACAAUUUUUUGUGUAACAUUUGUUAUAACUCAUGGUGUUUGUGUAGUUUAAUUUUUUUGAGUCCUAGGGACCCAACCAUUUGUAAAAAAUGGGGGUCCUCUUAUAAACUAAAAAUUCGGAAUUUCUAAUGUUCUCAUUUAUUACUUAUUAAUUGUAGUAGCAUUUGGAUGCUUUCUUCAUUGUAUUGGUUUGUCCAUGAUGGUUUAAUUGCUCUUUUCCCACCAUGAGGUAUUGGGUAAUACACUAUUUUGAAGAUAGCUGGAACUGCAUCCAAGUCAAAUUGCCGUAUGGUGAAUUCUGUAAAAUGGAAGAGAAUAUUUCUGCCCACGGCACCACAGGAAAAAGCAUAGAUUCUGUAGUGUCAAAAUGAAGUAAAAUAUCAGACAAAAUAUAUCAAUUUUACUGAUAGAAUAUACAACAAUGGACAGGAUUAAUAGGUAACUGAUGGAAAUUUUAGUUUACAUUUCCAAGAUGCAUUACAAAGCAAUUUUCUCCGUCCCUGGUGUCAGAAUUUGUGCACUUAUGCAUAAAACACUAUUACUAAGAUCAAGAAGAGUUUGUAGUCAUGUCUUUAGUGUUCAGUUUUCCCAAUAAUUCCUUGAAAUUAAUAGAACAGGCAGAAAUCAAACUUUGAACAUCUUAUAUAACUUCCUAUUUGUUGGUGCAAUAUCACAAAUCCCCCUCCUCCUCACUGUAAAGUGCUUGGCUUCAGUUACAAUACACUUCUUGUACACACACAUGUAUAUAUAUACGUGUACAGUUAUUUGCUUCUAAGAAAAUAGCAAGCAGGCAAGAUGUUUCUAAUGUUUCCCAUUGAAUAAAUAGAGAGGUUAGAGUAUUUGUUUAAAUAAAUGCAACUGUGCAUAUGCUUGGUGAACACUUAAGUAUCAAUUUGCUAAGCUCUCAAGAUAGACAGACUUCAGUCUUCUCUCUCUCUCUGUCUUUUGAUAAUUAUUUGUUUCACGCUAAUUAUGUUUAAUCGGAAGUCUUUUAAAACAAAACUUGUAUUUGUUAUCAGUGGCUUAGUGAUUAGUUUUGAUUAUUAUAAAGAAAAAGUACAGAAAUUGAAGGUAUAGUGUAUGAUGCAAGAUAAUUUUGGUCCUUUUUUUAUUUAUUUGUGUGAAUAUUUUAAAAAAGCCUAACAAAAACAAGCCAUCUUGUUAAUUGUUUUCUGUACAUCUUAGCUCAUUCAAGCUCUGUUUUCAUAUGUGCCCCAGGGGGUCUGUCAUAAAAUUAUUUCUGAAAUAUUGGCAUUUGCUAUUUGUAAUGAAACAUGCUGUAAACUUUUUUACAGCAAAAUUAGUAUUAGUUACUAACUGUAAAGGCAACCAACCAAAAUUAAAACUUCAGCAUUGUCCAUCUCAGUUGUUGGUGGACCAUGUCUUUGAUUGGCCUAAAAAUUCUGGGAUUGGUCAGUAAGAUCUGUCAAUCUUUGGUACAGCUGAAUUUUUCUAAAAUCAUGAGUUUGUAAUUUUCUGUCAACAUUAGUAGCCCAGAUACAUUCAGUUAGUGUAAAAUAUCACUUGUCUGUUUAGCUUUAUCAUUUUUAUGAUGUGUUUUUCUUGCUUUAGAGCAAUUAUUUUGAUAUUUGCUUUUUUAUUUAUUGAAUUGUGUUUUUUUAAUUUGGGUAAUUUUAUGUAUUUUGAUUAUCUAAUCUACUUGAAAAUGUAAAAUACCAAACCUAAAGAAUCGAAAAUGCAAUUGUUUCAUUAUCAUUGUAGUUUCACACUGAGUGUGUGUAAAUGAAUCAAAUUUUGUAUUAAUUGUGGUUGGUAGGAACAAAUGUGUUAGAAUCCUUGUUCUUGUAUUUAAAAAAGUGUAAGACCAAUUGUCUCUGUAAUUAAAAAUAAUACUUUUCUGAAUAAAACUCUUAUUUGGUUUUUGCUUUGUAAUGAUUACAACCAUGUGAAAAAAUUAUCGUAAAUGUUGUGAUAAAAGAUAGGUUUGAAUUCAACCAUAGAUUAUGGCUGUAUUGUUGUUAUUAUUCAAUGGGAUCACAACUCUACAAUGUUAAAAAAUAACAAAUAUCGGUAUAAAACAGUUGAUGUGUGAUGAUAACAUGGGGGAGGGGGAUGUCA